AUGAAUAUCUGUUCCAUUUGCUUUGAAUUCAAACAAGCGAACGAUAUGCAAACCCUGCCAUGCACUCACAGGUUUUGCAAGUACUGCCUCUCAAAAUGCACUGCUUCCCAACUUUGCCCAGCACCUUGCUGUACUCACGUUCGUCACGUCAAUGUUGUCAUCGAUGAAGCCGAUGAAGGAGAGGAAGAAAAACAGAAGAUAUCCUUUGGUCAGAAACUGCCUUCAAUGCUGCAACUUGAAGAGCGACAAAGAUGUGAUGGUCGCAAAGGUGCAUUCGCUUGCGUGAAUUCAGCGCGAAUGACACUGAUGGAUUGCCGUCAUCGCCUCUGCUUUGACUGCUUGACAACACGAAUUAAUGUCGCUGUUGCGGCACAAGAACUACCAUACUGUCCUAUAUUUCGGUGUGCCAAUCGACUUACCAAGACUGAGAUCGCUAAAAUUUGCGAACGUGCAACACACAUGCGCGACGUGUGUGUGAAGCUAAUUGAAAAAAGUCCUGAUGAUAUACCAGAAGAACCUCCGGGCAAGGAUGAAUGUGUCUUUUUUUGUUCUGUAUACGGAUCCGAAAGCAGUAUGAAACCGAUUACUUUUCCUUUAGCCUGUACAGUGAUCGACAUGGUCAGUGCUAUGAUCCAAGUCCAGCGAUUAAAGAAAAAUCGCACUCCAAAUAAUAUCGGCGUUUAUAUCCGCACUACAGUAGCAGGCACUCUCAUAAAUCUUGCGCUUUAUACUUUUAAUUAUACGUCUCAAGAUAUGCUCAGAAAGCCAAAAUAUGAAUCAGUGGAUGUGAAAGCAUUGACGAGGAAGAAAAUAGGCGAGACAGACUUUCAUGACCGAACUCAUUUUGUGCUAGAUGCUGACAAUGAGAUGAAAACAAUUAGUCCAACGAGUGAAAGAUGA